AUGCCAAGAGUGGCAACAAUCCGCUACCUCGGAGCUGCGGACCCGCGGGCCCGCGGGUCCGAAGGGUCAGAACCUGCAACUCUCUUCGUUCAACACGAAGUACUUGUCAACAUCUCCAUCACUGCAGAAUCUACCAUGUCGUUACAUAGCGCUCAAGAAACCAUACAGGAGAGACGGCAUCGGCUCUCUGCGAGGGGUGUAAAGUACGCAAAGUCAAGAAAUCAGCUCCAGACAGAUAGAAUAGCGCAUCUGGAGGGUCUCGUAGACAGCCUCGAAAAGCGUUUUCGUGAAGUCGAGUCUAGACUCGCUGCAUUGCAAAGUCCAGAACUCAGCUCGGGGGUCCAAAGUGUGUCCAAUGAGAAUAUCAUAUCGGCAGAUCCUGGCCGUGUGGAAGGCUGUCAAGCCUUCGAAGGAGAUACUUCCUUCGCUAGUCAGUCACUUCAUGCAAGUAAUAGUGCUCAUAUUACGGCUCUCUCUGCUUCUACAGGCAACAACAUCCCAGAUAUUGAGCACUCCAUUGAUCAUAUACAGAAAAGUCUCUACCAUUCACAAGAGUUAUCCAGGAAAGGAUUUUACUUGAGCAAAUCAUCACAGCAUGCGAUACAAGUAGAACCUCUUCCAGCUACGUUGGUCACCAGCCUUUUGCGGAGAAUGAGAGACUUACGUGAAUCCAGCCCGUCAUCCUAUCUUUCUGUCUUCCUCCGUCAGAGAUUUGACCUUACCACCCACCUUGAUCAUUGUGAGAAGGUCUUCGCAGCGACACUAGAAACAUAUGACGUACUCGCUGUCCCCAGCUUCGAAAAUAUACUUGCUUUAACAAUGGGUAUGGUCAAAGCCCAGGGCGAAGCAAAGCCCGCAUUAUACUGGACCUUGGUUUCUGCCGCUUCAAUGCAUUGUCAAUCACUUGGAUAUCACCGUGAGACGACCUAUAGGAACAUUCUAUCUGGAAAGGCGGAUAACAUAAGAAGACUCUUCUGGGACAAUAUACGUCUUCGAUAA